UGUGUGUGGGGGGGGGGGUUGCGCGGCGCGGCGCGUUGCUAACCCGCGCGGCUCAGGUACGGCGCUUCCCAUUGGCUCGGAGCGCCGUACGCGCGCGCGUUCUGUAAGGGCGCGCGUGACUGGUCGAGGUGGUAAAUUGCGCGGGAACGCGAGCAGACGAGCGUUGUGGGGCGGAAGUUCUACGCCGGUGCGUGCGGCGUUAUCGCCGCUGUCGCCGCUUUGUCUUCUCGCUCGCGGUUUGGCCAACCGUGAGUCGUGUGAUAGCGCGCCACUCGCGGUCGGGUUAAUACAGAGGCGCGCGCGGGCCACGCCGCCUGCAUCAUGCUGUCACCCUUGAAGGCCAAGCGCAGGGUGAAGGCGCCCGAGCGGAGCGGAGGAAGCAGCAGCGGGUGCAGGGUUAGAGGCGGAGCAGCCAGGGUAGCUGACGGUGGUGGAUUUUGCGUGAGGGGUGAUACUCAGGCUAGUGAUGGUGGUGGGGGUGGAGGUUCACGUGAAAAUGCAAACGCCUGCUGCACUGGUAAAGACGGGAGCGUGGAAGGAGAAGGAGGAGGAGCAGCAGCAGCAUCGGCUUCAGGACGGGAUGUGGCCGAGAGUGACCGUGAAGACGCAGUUGGCGGAGGCGAGGACUUCCCCGAGUUGGCGGUCCUUCCCGAUAAACUUCGCCAGCGGCUGAUGCCCUUCCAGAAGCAGGGCGUCAGGUUCGCGCUGGAGAAAGGCGGCAGGUGCAUGAUUGCUGAUGAGAUGGGACUGGGGAAGACGAUCCAGGCUAUCGCGGUGGCCUACAUCUACCGCGCCGAGUGGCCAAUGCUUGUCGUUGUGCCAUCAUCCCUCAAGUACUUGUGGAUUGAGGAGUUGGAGAAGUGGGUGCCCGAGCUGCUGCCUGGGGACAUUCACCUGGUGGAGAACAAGACCGAUAUCCGGGCUGUCACAGAGAGCCGAGUAACAGUCCUGGGCUACGGCCUGCUCACCGCUGAUGCCACGCUGCUUGUGGAGGCGCUGCAGCGGCGCCGCUUCCAGGUGGUGCUGGUUGACGAGUCGCACUACAUGAAGACGCGCACUGCCACUCGCAGCUGCCUGCUGCUGCCGCUCGUCCAGGGGGCGCGCCGAGCACUGCUGCUUACUGGAACGCCCGCCCUCGCACGCCCCGAGGAGCUGUACAUGCAGAUUGAUGCCUUGUACCCAAAUCGGUUUGGCAAGUGGACCGAGUAUGCCAAGCGCUACUGCGACGCACGCAUGAGGUUUUUUGGCCGCGGUAAUCGGAAGUGGGACUUCAAGGGGGCCUCCAACCUGCAGGAGCUGCAUGGGCGGCUCAACGCAUUCAUGAUCCGACGGCUCAAGGAUGAGGUGCUUACGCAAUUGCCCCCCAAGAUCCGCCAGCGCAUCCCCUUCGACCUCUCGAAGGAGGCCACCAGGGAGUUGAAUACGAUGCUGGAUGAGUGGGAGGCACUGCUCAAGCUUGUCAGAAGCAACAGCUGCCCUACCAGCAGCUUUGUGCAGGUCAUGAGCCUGAUUACUCGUCUUUUCAAACAGACAGCUGUGGCCAAGGCCGGAGCAGUCAAAGACUACAUUAAGAUGCUUCUGGAGAAUGACUCCAUUAAGUUCCUUGUGUUUGCACACCACCUGGUGAUGCUGCAAGCCUGCACGGAGGCCGUGGUGGAGAGCAAGGUGCGCUACAUUCGCAUCGACGGGAGCGUACCAGCGGCUGAGAGGAGUCGACUCGUCCACCAGUUUCAAAACGACGCCAGCAUUCGCGUCGCUGUGCUCAGCAUUAAGGCCGCUGGGCAGGGUCUGACGUUCACGGCGGCCACGCACGUAGUGUUUGCCGAGCUCUACUGGGACCCAGGCCACAUGAAGCAAGCAGAGGAUCGCGCCCACCGCAUCGGCCAGUGCAGCUCCGUGCACAUCCACUACCUCAUCGCCAAGGGCACGCUUGACUCUCUUCUCUGGGCCAUGAUCAACCGCAAGAUAUUUGUCACCAGCAGCACCCUGAAUGGCCGAUUGGAGCAGUUGGGGAUGCAGGAGGCAGACACGGACAAGUGCGACUUCCUGAGCCACGCCAUGGCCUGGGUGCCCAGUGACACCAUUCCUGAAGAAGAGGCCCUUUUCUUUACACAGCGAGAGAAAGACAAGCAGCCUGACAUCAGAGGGUUCUUUAAGAAACCAACUACACCCAGAGUGAAGGCAAACUCAGAUGGGGGUUGUGACGAUGAAAGGGAAAACGGCAGCGUGGACACGGCAUGGGAUGCGCGUUCUCCCCCGAGUGAAGAAGGUGUCGACGAGCCUGCAGAUGGUGACGGUGCUUCUCUGGACGGAUUGAGACUCUUAUCGAGUGGGAAGAGGGGGGUUCCUGAAGGAGAGGAGUUUAAGCCGCAGAGCAAGAAAUUCCGCCUUCCUAUUGCGAUUUCUCCCAACACUGAACUGCAAAAGUCCAGAACCCCACCAUCCUCAGCAUCUCCAGCAUCCCCAGCUACGACCUCCCCAAUGGCAUUGCAAGCCUCCCCCCAUGCGGGGCAGCAAACUCGCUUGCCUGCUAAGUCUGGUUCUGCGAGCGCUUUGCGCAGGAAAAGCACUACACGACGGAGGAAAGAUCCGGCCACCCAGUGCAGGCCUAAGGGGCCGCAGCGAGGGCGCGUGCUGUUGCCAUGCGACGAUCGCGAGGACGCGCUGGCGGCGUGGGAUUGCAACGUGUGCACGUACAGCAACAACGGCCUCAUGCUUUACUGCGAGAUGUGCAACACGGUCCGGCCCAGCGAAAGAAAAACUGAUGGCGAGCCUGGAGACAUCACCGCUGGAAGAAAAAAAGACGGCACAGAGCAGGCCCCGAGGGGCACGCGCAAACAUGCAGCGCCAUCCCCCGGAAAGUCUGCAGACUCUGAGCCACGGGCAUGUUCGCAGGCAUGGGGAGAGUGCAUAUCCGUGUCGGAGAGUGACGAUGAUGAAGAUUCCGUUGCCUGUCAUCGACUCGUUGUUGAAGACGAGGUCGGGCAGACGUUGGAUCCUGUCAAGCCCGAGACGGACGGUCAUAGCUGCCUGCCGCCGACAGUGGUGGGAGAAGCGAGCAGCUGUGCUGAGGAUGGGCUGAGUGGCCAAGGAAGCAAAGCAGGAGUCUCUGUCGCUGCUGGGGAUGAUGCAACCCAGCCAGAACCCACAAGCAUGGAUGUUGAGAGAGGCGCUGCGGACGGAGAGGAUCCGUGCCAGGUGGACGUGCCUGCAUUUGACAGCUUCAUGUUCUGUGCCAGCAGGAAUACGGACCGUGUGUUCCUCUUCACCACGGAUGGGCAACCCCUCCAUUGUAACUUCAUCCCUCUGGACAUUAAGCUGGAGAACUGGGAUGAGCUGCCAGACAUCCUGCAGCACAAACGCAACCUGGUUCUGGUGCAACGGUUUGUGCGCGAGUGGGACGCCCUCCCGCCCAUGAAGCAGCGCAUCCUGCGCAAGAGUGGCCAGGUGUUCCGCAGCCCCGCUCUGGCUGUGGAGGAGAUUUCCGUGGGCCAAAGGAAGCAGCACUGCACCAAACGGUUCCUGAGCAAGACGGAUGUGGCGGAGCGAGCGCUGACCACGGCCAAGCAAGAGGGCGGCAGCGUGCGGCUCGUGACCAAGCCCGGGGUCAAGCCAUUGGACAGGAAGCGCGACCCUGAGCCCACACACGGCACAGAGAAGGCGAAUGCUGAUAAGAAAGUGCCUCAGUCGGCGGCGUCCACCAUCCCCGACGCUCCUGGCGUUGACGAGGUGCCCAGCGUGGGGUUCCUGCAGGCUGUGGAUGGCUCUGGGCGGCCGCUGUGCCUGGGCUGUUCCAAGCCGACCCAGCGGGCCUCUGCCGCAGCAGGCGCUGCUGCGGGAUCAAACCCCGGCACCUCGGCUGCUCUCACUGGCGCCGCCGACUGGGCCACACGAUUCUGCUCGCGCGCCUGCCAGGAGGAUUUCAACCUACGCUCCUACAACAGCUGCGUGCGCGGGGCGGUGCGCGACGCGGAGCACGGAGUGUGCCGGGCGUGCGGGCUCGACGCGCAGGAGCUAUUCUCGCGCGUCCGCGGUACCCCGCGCCCCCAACGCAAGGCCCUGCUGGAGGCCACCGUCAUGGCCGUACUCUCCGUGGAGCAGCUGAAUGAGAUGAUCCGGGAGCCCAGGGCUGGCCAAUUCUGGCAGGCUGACCACAUCCAGCCCGUGUGGAACGGCGGUGGGCAGUGCCACCUGGACAACCUGCAGACAUUGUGCACCGUGUGCCACGAGAAGAAAACCAACAAGCAGGAGGUGGAGAGGAGGCAGAUGGUGAAACGGGCGAAAGCUGCGCAAUACGGGGCCGACAUCACGCUCUUCUUCCAGAAAAAGUGACCGCAAGCCGGGACCUCGGACUAAAGGGGAAUCUCGACGGGAGGGAGUUUUGGCACCUGCUAGCGCGGUGGUGACUGCUACAAGCCAGCCCCUGCCAUUGCAGCGCACGCGAGGACCGGCUGGUGGAGUCCAUGUCACGGGGAACGAUAUUUGUUCCGUUUAACAGUUGUAACAUGCAGAAAUUGCUGCGUCUGAUUCUAAAUAACAUAAAGAAUGUCCUUUAUCUAGCACAGCCACCACUGUGCCUGAAGAGUCGUUGCCAGGAGGCUAAUGGUUAUAUUUUUGGACAGUUAUUGAAUAUUUUAGCAUGUAGGAGGGAGCUGAAGUACCUGGAGAAAAUUCCCAUAGAACAUUAAAUACCUGAAUUAUCUGUAGAGGGAACAGAUGUACUGUAUUUUUCUUACGGUUAGGGUAUAAGAUAUUGCACUGUUAGAAUACAUUCUAGACUUUUCUUCUUUGGUUCUUUCGGUAAAGUCACGUAGAAUGAGAAUAAAAUAAUAAAUUGAUAAAAUAAAAUAGAUGCGCAUGUCUGGAGGACAGUCUCGUCCCUUCACC